UAUUCAACGGGUGUCCGAUGUCGUGCGGGAAGCUUAAAAAUGUGGCUAAAUUUGACGCCAACUUCUUUACGGUCACCGAUUGGGAGGCAGACUAUAUGGACGCUCAGAUCAGGGCUAUGCUCGAGACCACAUACGAGGCCAUCGCUGACUCCGGUACAGUUCCGGAAUCAUUAAGCGGUACAAACACCGGGGUAUUCAUAGGUUGCUGUUGGGAUGAAGAAUCAAAGGCCUAUCGAGACGACACACAAAUGCCGUCGUAUAAAAACUUUAUGUCCCAAACAGUGGCCAAUAAAUUUAAUUUAAAGGGACCGAUCCUUUCGGCGGACAGCGCUUGCAAUUCCAGUUUUGUGGCCCUAAACGAGGCCUAUUUGGCCAUCAAAUACGGUCUCUGCGACGCCGCCCUCUGCAUAGGCGCCAACAUACUUUUUAAUCCUAACGAUCAGCACAACUUCUUCAGACUUAAUAUGAUAUCACCGGACAGUAAGUGCAUGUGUUUGGACGAGAGGGCCAACGGGUACGCAAAGGGCGAAGCGGUGGUCACUGUAUUCUUGCAGCACAGGUCACGGGCACAGAGAGUGUACGCCACUAUUGUUAACAUCGCUUCCAAUAACGACGGGCACAAGUCUGAAGCCAUAACGUAUCCGAGUUGGCACAGACAGCGUACGGUCAUCGCCAGGACGUACGCCGAGUGCGGUGUAGAUCCGGCCCGAGUUGACUACGUGGAGGCCCAUUGCACCGGCACUAAGGCCGGCGAUCCCGUAGAGAUGCGGGCCAUUUACCAAGCGAUGGCAGCCACAGGUUUGUCAAAUUUAAUUAUUAACUUGUCCCAUUUAUCAAUGCAUUCGUGUUUUAAAGCGGAAUGCUUGGAGAAAAUAUUACGCUGCAUUUACUACUUGUAUUUCCAGAAAGACAUUGAUUUU